AUGGCCACCUUAUUCUUUAUGCUCUUGAUGAGCAUUUUUUCGACUUUCAUUCAUGCCAUUCCUACCUCGGCCGGCCAGAAAGUGACGAAAAGGUCGGUUACUGUCGACCUGCCCCGAAAUCCUGGGUAUGCUCCCAAUGGCCGUCUGCAGUAUUCUCGCGCUCUCAAGAAAUGGGGUGUGCCUAUGGAUGACGAGCUGGAUGAUGCGACAAACAGUUUCAGAGGAGGAGGAGAAACGGGCGAUGUCAACGCGGAGAGCAUCAUGGGUGAUCGCGAAUACCUCAGCCGAGUCGGAUUCGGAACACCCUUCCAGUACCUCAACGUCGACCUCGACACCGGCAGCGCCGACGUCUGGGUCUACUCCUCCGAGACCAAGACCAAGACGCGCCGCGAAGACAUCUUUGAGUUGGAAAAGUCGUCCACCGCCGAGCUCGUGAACGGAAGCGAGUGGAGGAUCACCUACGGCGACAGUAGUUACGCCUGGGGCCACGUCUAUCACGACAGCAUCGACAUUGGGGGAAUCCCUCUUCACAACGCGGUGGUUCAAUCCGCUGUGGACGUCUCCCAAUCGCUCUCCUCGGACAAGGACAUUGACGGCAUUUUUGGUUUGGCGUAUGACCUCCACAGCCAGGUCAGACCCAAGCAGCCUACCGUUCUUUCAACCCUCAAAAGUCACCUCGACAAACCGGUCUUCACAGCUGACUUGCGGUACCAAUCAGACGAAGGAGCCUACACGUUUGGUUACAUCGACCACCACCGACACAUUGGGGAGAUCAAUUACACGCCCCUCCUGCCCAAUUCGACCUUUUGGGAGUUUAACUUUACGGGUCUGCAUGUUGUCGGACAUAACUAUUGGUACAUCUCCCAGUGGCGGGUGAUUGCCGACACGGGCACGACGCUCAUGUUGUUGUCUCCGGAUAUUGUGAACAUGUACUACGACGCGGUGCCCAACGCGACUUCGGACAGGUCUUUUGGGGGGCUGUGGCACUACCCUUGCAAUACCACGCUGCCGGAUUUCGAGAUUGGGUUUGCGAAUGGGUGGGUGGCGAGGGUUCCUGGGAGGUAUAUGAAUUAUACCACGUAUGAUGAUUUGCCGGGGCGGUGUAUGGGGGGUUUGCAGCCUUUCAUGAGUGAGGAGUUUGGGAUUUUGGGGGAUAUCUUUCUGAAGGCAGUGUAUGCUGUUUUUGAUAUCGGGGGUGGGAAGGUAGGGUUUGCGGAUAAGGAUUUGGGGUUGUAA